AUGGCAGAGGUCGUUUAAAAGAAGAAGGAGAAGUUCGAAAACAGGAUGAGAGACAUCAAGAUCGAAAAGCUUGUCCUCAACUGCUCAGUCGGAGAGAGCGGUGACAGACUCACCAAGGCUGCUAAGGUCCUCGAAGAUCUCACUGAUCAAAAACCUGUUGAAUCCAAGGCCAGAUACACAAUCAGAAGCUUCGGCAUCAAGAGAAACGAAAAGAUGGCCGUCCACGUUACUGUGAGAGGUGAAAAGGCUGAGGAACUCCUUAAGAGAGGUCUCAAGGUCAAAGAGUUCGAACUCAGAAAGAAGAAUUUCUCUGAUGAAGGAAACUUUGGGUUCGGUAUCGAUGAACACAUCGACUUAGGUAUCAAGUAUGACCCAUCCACUGGUAUCUAUGGUAUGGACUUCUACAUCGUCCUUGCUAGACCAGGCAAGAGAGUACAAAGAAGAAAGCUCAAGAACUCAUCUUUCGGCAACUUCCAAAAGAUUAGCAAAGAAGAAGCAAAGCAAUGGUUCAUUGAAAAACUCGGAGGUACCGUACUUUGA